AUGGAUAAAAUAAUCGAACGCGCGUCUGAUCUAAAAAGAAAGGAUGUCGAACAGCUAUCGAUUGAUGAAAUUAUAUCGUAUCUUGAUGAUGUGGUUAAUGAAUUAGUUAAAACAUUGAAUGGCGAUAAGGAAGUUAUGGUUAGCAAUGAAGGUUUCCGAAUAUCAGGGGCUGUGGCCAAAAUGAUACGUACAAAAUAUCCUGAUUAUUUAUCGCAAUCAUCGGCACUCAUUGAACAUAAAUAUAUUCAAUUGGUACGCAAUACAAUCAUUUUUUAUUUUGAUCAACUAAAUAGAAAUUGCCUAUCGUUAACGGACACUGACAAUGAGAGUCUAUCAGAUAUGUGUCUAAUGGUUACAGAAAUGUGUAAUAAAUUGGAUAAAAAGAACUCAAAAUUAAUCCAACAAUUAUUUAUUACUAAAGAAUUUAUUCAACCUAUGCAACAAAUCAUGGAUGAUAUUUCGGCGAAAGGUGAACAUUUAUCAAAUGGAAAUAUUCUUAUAUCAUUAUAUAAUUUUAUACAAUUCUUUACAAAAUAUAUACAGCUAACAAACGACGAUGAUCCCAAUUUGUUAUCGUUAGUACAAGCAGCGAUAAAAUGUUUAUGUUCGGAAUAUUAUUUGAAUAUAUUUAAAGGGAUGGCCCCACAGUGUUCGAUCAGUAAUCCUAAAGAACAUCUGUUUCUAAUUGAAUGUCCGCUACUGGUAACAAACUAUAUUAAUAAACAACGUGAUCAUUUAUUUGAUGAUAAUAGUUAUCAUCAAGUAUUUCUAUCCAAUACGAAUGAAAUAUUGAAGGAAGUAUUACCCAAUUUACAUAAAUAUAAAAUUGGUCACUACAAAGCUAUCAAACAUUUAUUAGAAAUACUCUUAAUGAUACCAAAUGAUUAUUAUUAUGAUAAUAAAACAACAAUUAUUGGUCACUUUACGACAAUUUUACAAUCGACUGAUAAGCCAUUAGAUGAUUCAAAUCUGGAUCAACAGAGAACUGAUUUGAUUAAACUAACAAUCUCACUAAUCCAUCAGUUUGCGUCCGAUUCGAAAUUACUCGAAGCGAUACAAAACAAUCAACAGUUGUGUAAUUUACUUAAAACAGAAUUAUUCACAUCAAAAACUGUACAUGUACAAUUUGCAACAGAAAUGUUAUUAUGUUUGCUGGAUGAAAAACAUGUGAAGGAUUUGCCUAAUCCACAAGACACAGCAAAAACAUUUGUCACCUAUUUGAAAAUAUCGGUAAAAGAUCCUGUGCAACAAUGUGAAGGAGUACAACUGAAAAAUUUACAAACUACAUUGAAAGGUAAUGUGAGUGUAAACGAAUAUUUCUAUAAAUUUGGUCUUGUCUGA